GCCAUAACAGUGACACCGAUAACUCAUGCAGACACAUUCUCCGAAAAUGUCUCGAAGGUUCGGCGAUGUUGACAAGCCUACAAGUGCUUACGCUGGAAAUCAAAACGUUCUCAAUGCCUUCCUAUACCCACCAGAGAAAAUCAACGUAUUCUCCUUCUCUCGAUGAGUCAAUCCCUCCUCUGCCAGAGACUGAAAUGCACCCUCUGUGACUUACAGCCACUUUCCUCUGGUGUCACCUACGCCUCAAAAGUAAUCCCCCACUACCGCUGGUCCUUCGACAAACUCAGCGUCGCCUUCAACUUGCAUAGAGGAUAACCAACGCGUUACGGCGCGGCCUGAAGGAGCAACGAGGAGGUGAACGAAGUGAUGUCGGAGAUCGUAGACUAUCUUGGCUGAAAGGUCUGGAUGCUGAAGACGUCGAGAUCAACGGUAUGCCAUUUCAAACUACACCGGCUUCGGCCACCCCGCCUAUGCAUCGGAUCUUCCCCUCCAGAGCUGAUCAAUAAUGAAGACGACGAUCCGGACCUCAUUGAUUGCCACCACUGAUAUAUCAGUCUCACCUUCCCGUUCAUCACAUUCGCGAAAACUCCUGGCUGUUAGGGGUGAAAAUUCGCCACCACUGGUAUCCUCACCGCUGAGGUCGCCCUCCGGUCAAUUGCCUUCACCCUCGACCAACCCUCGUGUGACCACGGACCCACUGCUUCAGCAUGAUUGAAUCUCGAGUUAGGAGGGACGUUUUAUGACUCAAGUUGACUUGCGUAGUGGGGCUAAGGAAAGACAGAGAUUGGAUUCUCACUGGCAUAUUAGCAAAGACGCGUUCCUCAUUGUCCGUGAUGCUCAUCAUCGUUCAUCUCGGGUUUGCUGUUGAAUACUCGCAGGAUCUCAACUUUACGGCCUCAUGGUUGGUCCCCAGUUCACAAGCUUAUGCGCAGCGAUGACACCCUAGUUCGCUUCAAUCACAAUCUAUUUGUGUCUGCAAUGAUUAGGGUUAUGGGGAAAUAUGCUGUUGUUCUGAUAUGACACGUACAGCAUACUUAAUAAGACAUGAGUCUUCCUGCCCUUUGUCUGCGAGCACCACCAUCUUCCAUUUCUUCCAUCACUUGCAAGUUCCUGACAGCCGCGCGUCCUUCAUUGACAGGCUCGAAUAACGCGUCCUACGGAUGGAGGCUUUUACUGGUGCAUCUAAAGUCAAGAUUGGCAAUGCCAACUUCUCAAGCGUCGGAAGGGAUCAGUACAACGACUGUACGAUCCAUCAAGCCAUCGUGGAGACACGAGUGAAGAAGAAAAUCAACGAGGACCUACGAGACCUAUCUCAGUUCACCGAAAUCAAGCGUGGUGAUAUAUACAAGAACAAGGAUGUGUGUUAUUCUUGGCGGUUGUGUUCGAAUGGGAAAGACGACACGGAGGCGGCGGUGUAUAUUGCGCAAAUCAUGAUAGCUGGCCGACUUGGGGACAGUAAGUUCACUGUCAAGACAUACCGUGGUCGAAACGCGGCGAGGGAAUGGAGGCGGGAUUUUUCGCGAUGUUCGAAAGAUUGGCUCAGGGACAUUCCUCUUUUUGGUUACAACCAGUCAUCGGUUCCGUCGUUGAUAUUCUGUGGAGAACUCAUACCUCUUGCGCAUCUUGACGGUAGACUAGGAGGUGUGGCGUUAUAUUACAUUUCGUUGUUGAGGAGCAGCUUGGGAUGCUCAAGAAACGAGCUCUGGAUGGACCCUACUCAGGGAAGAUUCUGUCGUGGACCAAUUGGACCAAACUGUCGCUUUUGGAAGGAUCAAGACGUCGAUAUCAUGGUUCCUUCCGACGUAGAGUUCCUCAAACAAGACGUGUUCAUCCGAUACUUGACUGGUCUUGGCGAGCAAGCGGAUCUUUGGUUUCUUGGCGUGCUUAAUUAUACUAGUCGUGCUGAAAAACUCCGAGUCGAAGAUAUCCCUGCAACGAACCAUCCCCAAGUCACUUCACGUUUGACAAAUUCGACGAUUGCUUUCAGCGAGAAUGCACGGUGGUGGACUUGGGAAAGUUGUCGUUGUCUCGACACUGAACAAACGAGGGCAGACGGAGCCACGAGAUUCCGCCUCAUAGAUGGCUGGCGCAAGAUAGAAUUGGAAUCUAUCAGCGAACAGUAUUCAUGGCUCUCACAAGCACUGAGUGUUUUUCACGCUCACAAUAUCUCAUUGGACGAGGAUGAGGACCUUUCCAACUACAAGCUUGUCUGGCCGCAUUUCAAGCUCACAGGCACACUUCAGAAAUCCAAACGCAAACAUCAAAGACGUGAACUACUACCCACACCCAUCUACUUGAUUUUCCUUCCUUCCCAUUUUCCCGCCUAUCAUUGGUCCUUUGACCCAACCGGCCAAACUCCGCUCUCGCCAAAAACGUGCAAAUACCUCGGCCUUCCCUUCAAACUAUCCCUUAAGAUCGAUUACCGGCAAGACUCCUGGCCAACCAAGAUCUACAAAGUCUUGAACGAUUACCAAAACGCGAGGAGAUUGGACCCCAGAACCACGGAUUUCACACUGUUUUUGCGCCGAUUCCCUAUCUUCAAAGUCAUUCCUGCUGAGAACCGCUUCCAAGAGAUUGUCGAAGAAAAUGUACCAUUGCCGCUGGUCAAUGCUCGUCAAAGAGACUCCGAACCAGUGCCCGAAUCAAAGCUAUCUGACGAUAAUAAUCAUCAAGGGAAAGACCAAAGUCCAGAUGAAUCUGAUGAACCUCUCUCGCUCGAGUUGCUGUUCGAGGACAUCCAGGCCGAAGGAUCCACGUAUAACGCAAAGCGAACAAACACCAUUCUUACUCGAAAACGCACGAAGCGCUCAAUGUUGGGCGCGUUGUUUACCCCGCUCAUUCGAGGGAUUAAGUAUCUCAGGUGUAUCGAUUCAAAUGAGGACGCCUGUGGGUCAGAAUGAAAACUGCGGGUUCAGACGGCCUAAUGGGCGCGUUUCAUUUAAUGACACUUGCGGAUGGGACCGUAAAUCUUCGAACGCCGAUGUACUUACCUAUGCAAAAUUGGAUCAAUCGGUAGCUCGAUAAAUAAGGACUAAACUCCAAACCCAAGUACAGGUCUGCAGCGC